CUACUGGUUCCAUGAGAUGUGAGCUUUUUGUUUGUCUCCUAUAGGCUACGAGUAAUGUUAUGAUUUAAAACCAGUAGAGCAGACGGAAAACAACUCAAAACUUUGAACAUUACGAACUAUAUACAAGAGGUAAUUGACCGUAUUCAUUAGUAUUGCAGUAUACGACUAAAGUACACAGUAUACUCUAAAAUCAGGAUGGAGGGGUUGUGGUGUUGUACAGAAGCUAUGGAUAGACUCAUUAGACCAUUUUGGAAACCAGAUGAGGAUCGGAACAGGAGUGCUAAAAUUCUGUGUGGUGUGGUUGCUGCAGUUUACAUAUCCAACCAAGUAGUCAGGAAAAUCAUAAAUAUAGUUCAAAAGCAACAGCUAAAGAAGAAAAUUAAAGAGAAAAGGGAAGAAAGUAAACUGUCUAAAGCCAAACUUGAAGAGCAUUUAAAAGGGAAAGAGAUAAGUACCAAAACAGUAGAAAGAAUACUGAGCCUUUCAUUUAAAGAACUCCAAGCUGAACUACAAUCAGGGAAACUGUCUGCAGUCGAUGUGUUAAACGUCUAUCAAAUCAAAGCAUUGGAAGUUGAUAAAAGGACUAACUGUAUAACAGAAAUAGUAUGGGAGGCAGAGGAAACAGCUUUACAACUAGAUUUAGACAGCAAGAAGAAGGGUCCAUUGUAUGGAAUACCUGUUAGUAUCAAGGAGACAUACACUAUGCCAGGAUAUCCCUGUACAGGAGGAAUGAUGUUUUAUUUUGAUGACCCAGUCACUGAAGAAAAUAUUCUAGUCCAGGUUUUAAAGAAGCAAGGGGCAAUUCCAUUUGUCAGGACCAACGUUCCACAAACUUUAAUGACAUUUGAAUGUUCUAAUUCACUAUAUGGCACAACAGGAAACCCAUACGACCCCACUCGGAUCCCAGGGGGAUCAUCAGGUGGUGAGGCUGCUCUGAUUGGUGGAGGGGGUUCUAUUCUAGGAAUGGGAGGAGAUAUUGGUGGCAGUCUGAGGAUCCCAGCACAUAUGGCAGGAUGUUGCUCACUCAAACCAUCUGGUGGUAGACUAAGUCGCAGAGGCCAAAAUAAGUUUAACAAAGGAGAAACUUUAGUACAGGCCCAGACAGGGCCAAUGGCAGCUGAGGUAGAUGGUCUGGUUAACUGUAUGAGAUGUUUACUGGUACCUGAGAUGUUUACUUUAGAUCCAGCAGUGCCACCUAUACCUUUCAGAGAGGAGAUAUUUACAGGGAAACAUAAGCUGACAAUAGGUUUCUACAUAGAUGAUGGUAACUUGAAAGCUGUUCCUGCAUGUCAGAGGGCGGUGUUAGAGGUCAAGGCUAUUUUAGAAUCCCAAGGUCAUACAUUAGUCCCUUUUAAACCUGUUGAUGUUCACAGAAUGGUAGCACUUUUUCUGAAAUCUGUAUUUGCAGACGGUGGAAAAAGUUAUGUAAAUGUGUUAGAAAAAGACAUUGUUGAUCCUUCAUUACGUAGGAUUAGAUUUGCAUUUGGGCUGCCACAUUGGUUUAGGAAAUUGUUUAGUUAUGUUGCCAAAAUAAUAACAAAGGACCAGUUUACUUAUCUAUUGAUACAGAGUGGAUGUGGUGUAGAAUCAGUAACAGAAUAUUGGGAUUUAGCUAUGAAUAUAGAGAGUUACAGAACAGAUUUUUUAAAGAAAUGGCGAGAUAACAAGUUAGAUGCUGUUAUUUGUCCAGGAUUCGCUUUUACAGCAGUUCCUUCAGGGAGAGUCACAGAUGUAACAGGUGGAGUGACCUAUACAAACCUCUACAAUUUGUUGGACUACACAGCAGGAACCUUAAAAGUGACAAAUGUGACACAGGCUGAUCUGGAUAACUUCAAACAUUACCCAUCUAAUACCUGGAUGGAAAAAAACAUCAAGAAGUUUGCAGAAGGUUCCAAAGGUUUACCUGUUGGAGUACAGUUUGUAGGCUUAUCCUACCAAGAAGAAUUGGUUCUAAGAUUAAUGAAAGAAGUGGAAACAUGCUUGCAUAAGAAUAGUUCAAAAGAAAAAUUGUAAAUGUAAUUGUUAAGUAAUUUAUAUUAAGAUUUUUUUCAUUUAUUUAUUAUAUAAAGAGCAAAAUACCAUGAUAAAUGAAAUAAAUUCAAACAAGUGCUUGUAAACAAAAAAAAAUCAAUAAGUAUUCCUUAAAAAAGUAACAUUCUCCUGGGUGCUGGCAUAUUGAUCUCUUUUUUUUCCUUCUCACUUCAUUUAGGUUUUUGAAUUUAGGUGCAUCUUAAAAGAAGAUCUUUGUAUUGAUAUAUUGGCUCAUUCAGUAAAUUUGCUUUUGAAAUACUGUGCAUAUAUUUAAGGCAAUGGCCAGUUCAUAUUCAAAAUCUUUUAGAUUAAAAAUACACAAGUCUGAAUGGAACAGCAAUAGGAUUUCCUUCAUAUAUCUAUAUAUUCAAUGUUUAAUUCUAGAUAUAAAUAGUCAUUUUUUGUCUUAAUAAAAUAUACCAGUACUUUUGACUCUUAUUUGUGACAAGAACUACCUCCAAUAACAACAUUCAAGUAAAUAUAUAGUCACUCUUGUUUAUAAGGAUUAAGUUUAUGGAAUUUUUCAUUAUUUCAAUAUAAAUGUAAUAUGACAUGAAAUGUUAUAAUAAGGAUUAAUCCACUUUUGUUUAUUCCUGUUGUCCAGGAGCAUAUUCAUGGUUUGAACUUUUAUUCUUCUUUAGGAAAAAAAUAAUUCAAUCAAAUUAUAUUUAAACAGUAUUGAUGUAUUUUUAUCUGCAAAUUUUUUUUAUUUAUCAAAAACUAUUAUUAAAUAAUUUGAAUUUGAAAAAAAUGAGAUGUUUUCUAUUAGAGUUGUGAAUCAAAUGACUUGGCAAUCAAAUGACUUGGCAAUCAAAUGACUUGGCAAUCAAAUGACUUGGCAAUCAGAACAUAUUUUAAUUAUUUAUCAAAUUUUUUUUCCAGUAUUUAUCAUAUAUUAGUUUUUUAUAUAUUUAUGUAACUUUGACUGUGAUUUAUAUUGUUAUACAUGAAUUGCUUACCAUGUAAUACCUCAUUGUUAGACCAAUCUGUUUUAUAAGAAGCUAUUACAUGGACAUCUUUAUCCUAUAAAAUUAACUGGGAAAUAAGCAAGGACAGCUUUCUGGUGUCUUUUUCACAUUGAGGUUGAAAAGUUUGUUUGCUAAUUAUUUGAAUUAAGAUUUAUUAUUAUAAAAAAGGAAUAAUAUUAAAGAAAUAAUUUAUGGAAGCCAUAGAUUUGUUGGAAAUUUACACAUGGCCUGGGCCGUGAUAUUCGAAUUUUAUCCUGAGCGUUGACUUGCUGAAAUCAGUAAAUGUGCGAAUAAUGCAAUAUUAUCCGAAUUUGGAGGCAUCACAUAACGGAAAAACCUUCAGCUUUAGCGUUUUCAUUCGUAUGACGUCAUGUUUUGAAAUUACUUUAAUGCACCAAAAGCAUUAAUGGAAUUUCGCGGAAUUUUAUUUUAUUUUGAUUUUGUACAUUUUUCCCACAUUUUCCGAGCUCUAGUGCAUCAAUUCUUUUUGUUAUGCAUCAGAAUAAGAAUGAAGGUUCUGUUUUUUUUUCAAUUGCAAUUUUUAACACAGCGAAAUCGGCAUAACCUUUGCACAAAGGUUACGAUACAAUUGGAUAUACAUUGGGAGGUAUAUUGUAACAGCCGUUAUUAUGCACAUCUAUGAGUCUGCGCUAAGUAUAGAUAUAUCGAGAAAUUAUCAUGGUGUUGUUUACAAAACGAAAGAAGCACAUCAUAUUAGAAUUAUUAUUAUUAAAGGAACAGUAUACAUUUUUACUCAUGUUUGUUGUAAGUAUAAAUGAAUUUUUUGGUUGUUUUUAUACCUCCCACAAACAAAGUAUAUGUUUAUGGUAUGGGGGUAUAUAGGAAUUACCCUGUCUGUCAAUAUGACUUGCAUGGUCAACUUCUCCUAAAUGACAAGAUGGAAAUUGUUUAAAGUUUACAAUGUCGGACACUACCCCAGGAUGUGUAUUUUUGUCCAACAUUCAAAAGGGGAGAUAAUCAAACUGACCUCAAUAUUGCAACAGUCUCUGGUAAGCUUAACAACAGCUAGACAGAUAUUGAUAACAAUUUACACAGUUGCAGAGUAUUACCCAUGAAUGUAAUCCCUGUCUUCCAUUAAAAAGGAACUCUCAGAACUAGCUCCUAGAAAACUAAAAUUGUUCUUAUGUUAAAGGGGAGAUAAUCAGAUUUAGUUACUUCAAUUUUGCAACAUGUGGCAAUAACUUGAAAGCAUAACUCCUCCUUUACAGUUGAAUGGAUAUUAAUGAAACUUUACUUUACCUAAGGAUGUGCAUAGAGGAAUGUUAUCCCUGUCCUACUUUUUACAGGGGAAUCUGACCUACCUCCCAGAAAACUAAAAUUGUUUUUGUUCUGUGAAAGUGGAGUUAAUGGAAUUUACUUACUUCAAUACUGCAACAUGUUGUCAUAACUUGUAAGUGUAACUCAUCUUUAACAGCUAUAUAAUAUUGAUAAAACUUGACAAAGUUGUAGAACCUAAUCUGAGAAUUUGAAUGUGGGAAAAUUAUCUGUCAUGUUGAAAGGGGAGGUAUUAAUUUGCUUCAAUAUUGCAAAUUGUGGUAAUAACUUAUAGGGACAAAUCCUCCUAAACGGCUAGACAGAUAUUGAUAUAAAGAUAUGCAUUAAGUGAUAUGAUUAUGUUCCCAAAUUUCAAAGGAGAGAUAAUCUUACUUACUUCAAAGCUGCAAUAUGUUGUAAGAGUCUCUCAUAAGCUAAACAACACCUAAACAGCUUGACAGAUAUUAAUGAAAAUGAACACAAUAUAUUGUAGAAUAUAUAGUACCUUACGAGGUGCAUAAAAGAAUGUUAUCCUUGUCCUACAUUGUUAAGAGGACCCUUUCUCCUAGCUCCUAGAAGACAAAAUUUGUUUUAGCUUGGAUUCCCAUUUUGUAAAUUUUUAUAGACUGAGUCAUUUUGUUUUAAGAUACAUUGAUAAUAGUUCAGGGAGAGAGUAUCCUUUAGCGAGUUCAUAAACAUACAGUAGAAAAAACAAGUAUGAAAUAUUGAUAACUCAAAUCAAACCAGAAGAAAAGUCAAUGUAUGUUUUCAUUAAACUUAAUUCUGGUUCAAAUUGAUAGAAAUAAAGUUAUUUUAAAGACAACCUUAAUAUUUUUUUUAAUAACAUAUUUUUCAUGUUAAGAUUGGAAAGUUAAUGUUUAAGCUGUAGGUGCUAGCAUUAUUCUUUUUAUUGUGUAAUAAGUUUAAUAGUUAUGAACUAUGAUUGUUGCAUUAAAAUUUUGUAUGA